AUGACAACGAGACAGGGACACCCCCGGUACCAGACUCAGACCUCCAGCUCUCAGCACCUCCGGGACCGCCAGAGGUUCUUCGAGGAUGUCCUGCAGCAUGAAGUGGACCUGUUCUACCCCCACCUGCACUUCAUCCCCCAACGCUGGAGACCUCCUCUGGACAGUGUAUCAUCAAUGGAGGUGAAUAUUGAUUCUCUGGAGUUGUCAGAACCGCUGGACAUUACUGAGCUGGAACCCAGCGAUGCUUUUCAGCAGUGUGAGGAUCCACUGAGCCCUCUGGUCACUCCUGCUGACCUCCAGGGAAUUGACUACUUCAGGCUUCGCUUCCCCUUCUCUGCUACGCCUGGCCAGGAGCCACCAGCACAUGAUGGUGACACCACAGGCAGACAGGAGGAAGAUGCUGAUGUCCAGGCUGAAGAACACAGCUCUACUGCAGAUCCUGCACACCAUGGUCUCAACAAGACCUCCUUGUCUGAAAAACAAUGA